GCAAAACAGCCACUGUCUCAUUACGCCAGGUUUUUUAAAAAGCAAUCUGUAUCUGUCAUUCUCCAUGAUAUAGCAUGCAAGCAGUUAGGAGGCCGGUAUCAAAAUAUUUCUUGAUGAAAACCUGUGCUAUCUUCUGAAAAACAAAAGAAUUCUCCAGGUCGUUCGGAGCCUGAAUAAUUCAUAAACAGCAUUGAUUUACAGCCAUAUCAGAUUCUGAGGAAGGUGAAGAGAGUACAGCGCCGUCUUCAUGUUGGAUUAUGUGAUAAACUCGGCCUGAAACACCCCCGCCACCCUGCUGCCAUGUCCAGAGAAACGUUCGUCUUCACCUCAGCCACGCUGCGGUCACUGAGGCUGCAGCAGGAGCACUUGGACUGGGAGAGAGAGCGCCGAGCCCUGGCCAGACAGGCUAGGACCAUGAGGAGGCCACUUCCGGCAGUCAGAAAGGCUGUGGGCCCCCGGCGGCCCCCAGAGCCCCAGUACUGCCGAGACCCCGUCAUCUACAGCACCUUAUUGUCCGGGGAUGUUGAAAAAGUAAAGACUAUUUUCCAAGACGAGGCCAUGGCCAAUGUCAUCAUGGAAAUGGUCCAAGAUGAAAUGGUCUGGUCCUCUGAGCUGGGACUUUGGGCGUUGGCCCCGAAAACCAAGCAAACCUCAGCCCUUCGUGUUGUCGCAGGCAGGGGAUUCGCUGCUUGUGUCAAGGCCCUGCUGGCUCAGGGUGCCGAAGUCAAUGCUACCACUGGGGGCAGCACUGCAUUGCACGAUGCCUGUGCUGGUGGUCACACUGAUUGCGUCCAGCUUCUGCUCAACUACGGUGCAAACCCUAACAGCUUCUCCACAGAGGGCAGUGCUCCCUUGCAUCUUUGCAGCACUCCCAACACCUACGAGUGUGCCAAGCUCCUUGUGGAGUACGGGGCCACGGUGAACAUUCGAGCCAGAGACAGCCAGGUCACUCCUCUUCACGUGUCAGCUAGGAGCGGGCUGGAGGAGCACCUGGCACUCUACCUCUGCCACGGAGCGGACGUCUGCGCCCGUAACCGCGAGGGGGAGACGGCGCUCAACGCGGCCUGCGCGGGCGCCGAGCGGCCCUCUGAGGGCGGACGCUACUACCGCGUGGUCCAGCGGCUGCUGGGCUGCGGGGGUGACCCCAGGGUGGCGGGCAGGAAGCAGCACACCCCGCUGCACAAUGCUUGCGCCAACUGCAGCUACCGGAUCACAGAUCUGCUGCUGGAGCACGGAGCUGCUGUCAACCUCGCCAACUGCGCUGGCUACACACCCAUGGACUGCAUGUUACAAGUAGUAGAAGACUAUUUGGACAACCAACCAGAGGGCAUUGUCCGCUCGCUGCUCAAUCACGGGGCACAGCCAGUGCACCCAAAGAUGCUGAAAUUGUGUGCCAUGUCGCCGUUGACCAUGGAAGUGAUCUUGAACUCAUAUGACAGUGUCCCACUGUGUCAUUCUUGGAUUGAGAGUGUUCCACCACAAGUCUGGCAGGAACACCAAACGUUUUAUGAGUCAGUUGUCCAGAUGACCAACCAGCCCCGUCGACUGCAACACCUGGCACGCUGUGCCUUGCGCCAUCACCUGGGAGAUCGCUGCCACUCUGUCAUUACCCAGCUGCCCCUGCCCGAGGCCCUCAAGUGCUACCUCUUGCUCAGCACGGAAGGAUGCCUGACUUAAUGGCUGGCACACCGCUAGAGAAUUUAUGACAUCUUCCUCCUUGAAAUUUUAAGAAUCAGUUGAUUAGAUCUAAGUCUGUCUUCAUGUCUCCAAUUACUUUUGCAACAAGAUCACAUGCUGGAUCACAGGUUUAAAAUAAUUAUCAAAACAUCAGUGUCGUUGCAUGCUGGAACUGCAAGUGAUGCUCAGACAGCAUUUAGAGCCAAAAGAGGGCUUUCAUAUAUUUGAUCAGAAGGGAUAUCUUUUGGCAGGCCCAUAUUUAAUAAUGUAUUCUACUGAAUGCCAGAAUCUCCUCCUGUGAAAGUUGACAAGGGAAUGUGGAUAGGACAUCAGUAUAUGAUUAGUGGUGUGGUUUCAAGUACAGGCAUGUGCACACAAGCCAGCUAGCUGGUCCACACUGUUAGGUUAUGCUGUGGAGGAGGGACUGGCUGCUAAACAAGCUGGUCAGGAAUGGUUCCAGGCCUAGACAUCUUCCCCCCGCCCCCCCCCAUAACUACACUGGUGUGAAAACUGGGUAGCCUAGGGUUGACCAUCUGUGUUGCAGCACAGAGUCACACAGUGGCUCAGAGCAGCAUGACAAACAGGCCCUGUGGUAUAACUCUGAGAGAGGAUAAAGCUGAUUAACACCUUGCCAGGCAGCUCAGGGACACUCUUGACACAUUCUUAAGAAGACGUUUGUACAAUCUGUUCACCAGGGUGUUUUAAAUUUCAGUAGAUGUAGUAAAAUACUGCAGAUCACCAAGCAGGUUCCACAUGUAAAAGCACAGUUUUUGCUCAGCUGUGAAACAGAGCAUUGUCCCUAAGGGCCUUAUCUAGAGUGCACAAAUUGCAGCACAAUUAUUGUUGACAGUUGUUAUAGGCUGUACAAUCUGUUUUAUAAUAGCUUGCUUAAAUUGUCCACAGUUAUGAAGAGAAAAAUGUAAUAAAAAAUGUGCCCCUAUGAAUCUUAUACACACAACAGUUAUUUAAGUGCAUUGAGAUUAACAGAAAAGUAUUAUGUUGUAAUAGAGAUCUUUCACAUGCACGUCUCCGGGAAUACAGACAUGCAGCCAUAAACGAAAUAGGGUCCUCUUUUUUACAGUAUGUGAAAAAAUCAACUGGCUUUUUAUAAAGUUCUAACUACAGUUAAGUGCUACACAAAUGCAAAUAACUAUUAUAAUUAUAAUGUAUGUGUUUAAAUUAACUUGCAGUCAUGCCAAUGCAAAUUUGGUCUCACCAAAUAAUAAAAGUACAUAUUGUAUAGAAGCAAAUUUACAAUUGGACAACUGUACUCUGAGCUGGAGUAAAGUGAAAAAGUGCUUGGAGACCAGUUGGUCUUGCAUUUUCACAUUUUCUUUACUUUCACUAAAAUAAUUUCGGAAUGGUGUUCCUCAAAAGAUGUGUAUUUAUAUGUUAAAGCAUUAUCACCAUUAACCCCGGUAAAUGAUCUUCCAUCUUCCACAUACAGUAACAAGAACUACAAAACCUUAAACAUAAUGUAUCGGAUGGCGCUGUUGUCUCACAGAUCUUGAAUGGAUGAAUAUGCACAUAUUCAUCAUUAACGAUCAUGACCGAGGUAAAAAAAAAAAUCACAAUCGACAAACAUCUAAACAUUGUUACUACAUACGGUAUUGUAAAAGAACGUGACCUUUAAAAUACUGUCAAUAUUAUUCAUCUGGUUUUCACAACCUCUCGAGUUCAGGCAAAAAAACAUUAUUAAGGUUUACGGGAUCUGUGUCCCUCUUGAACUGCGUGACGUAGCCAAUAUGUGCCGUGUCUGACGUAGGCACAUUUUGUGUUUGUGUGUGGACUGGGAGUGAGCGUUUCGUAAAUUUGCUGGUGGCUGACCAGAUUAAAAUAGUUUGGAAGAAAAUUUUAAAAAGCUUGUAAAAAUUACGUCUGGUCGAAGGUCGCAGCUAAUGUUGACAUUUCUACUUAGAGGAAGAUAGACUGAAAGAGGAUAAUGUUUACAGUUAUUUCCGCAUUUAAAUAAAGUCGACAUUCUCAUACAAAACGUCGAAGUUGAAUAAUUUGAGCCUAUGGAAAGCGCAGCCGGAUGAUUGCUAACUUCACAUUGAAUC